AUGGCCGCCGCAUCCCAGCUGUCCUCGUCGAUCCGGGUCAGUCCCACCCGCGUCGCGCUGCGAUCCACCGCGGUCAAGCGCGUCGCCGCUAAGGCGCCCGUCCGCGGCCUCGUCCGCGCGGAGGCUGCCCCGGAAUUCGCCGGCCUCGGCCCGGAGAUGAAGACCGCGGUGGACAAGUUCCUCGGCGACAACAAGAUCGUCGUGUUCAUGAAGGGCAACAAGGACCAGCCCCGGUGCGGGUUCAGCAACACCGUGGUGCAGAUCUUCAAGUCCAUGGACGUGCCGUUCGAGACUGUGGACAUCCUGCAGGACGAGGGGCUGAGGGCCGGGAUGAAGAUCUACAGCCAGUGGCCCACGUUUCCCCAGGUGUACAUCGACGGCGAGUUUUACGGGGGAUGCGACAUCUGCAUCGACGGGUACAAGGACGGAUCGCUCGUGGAGGCCGUCGAGGCUGCCAUGGCGUCGUGA